UAUUUUCAAGACCUGUGUGUGUUUUUUUAUCGUGUUUGAAUGGAGGAGCAGACGGUAAAUCAACUGGACAACCUGCUGCUUCAGUUAGGUAUAGAGAGUCGAGAACUUGCUCAGAGGAAUAAUGACCUCAAGCAGCAAAUACAAAUUUGUGAGUCCAACAUUCAGGAGAAGAAGGAUUACAUUAAGACAACACAACUUACCAUCAGCAAACUCGAUGAGGAGAUCCAGCAGAAGCAAAACACUGGGAAGUUUAUCAAAGAAAACACAAAAAAUCAACAGAGAACAGGACAUCUGCUGCUUCAGUAUGAAAAGACACUGGAAGCUGAGCUAGAGACGAGACAGAACAGCUAUAAGGAAGACAUGAAAAUGUUCCAGGAGAGAAUCGAGAGCUACAGGAGCGUGUUUCAGCAGUAUAAGGAUCGAUACUGUCAGAACUCACUAGCUCAGAAACUGCUGAAGGCUCAAGCUGAGAAUGAGGAAAUCGAAAGGAGAAUUAGAGCAAUCGAAGAACAAAUAAUGGAGAAGGAUAGAGAACUGACAGCAGCACUGGGUGAGGAGGAGCCAGUCACUGAUGGUGCUGACAGUAAGUGUCCAGACAAUGACAGCCUACAAACUGAAAGCGAGUCAUUUGAUGAAAUGGUCCCUCAUCAAGAGCCCAUAAUGCAGAGGCCUGAAGAAUACGCAGAUGAGCACAUAGUUGAUGAAGAUCCUUCUGAGGCGAAUAAGGUUAAAACUGCAGAAAGUGAAUCUCAAAUGGACACAUUUUCCCACUGCUUAUGGACAAAGAGAGAAACUGUAGAAGAUCAAAUGCAAGAAGGCGAUCAGAGUCAGUCAGAGAAGCAGGGGAAUGUGAAUGUUUCAUGUGCUUCUGAGCUCAUGGUGGAAAUAUCAGAAGAGGAGGAGAAGAAGGAGGAAGAUAAUUUGGAGGCGACCACAGCAGAUAUUCACGAGGACACAGUGACUGAGGGUCCCGUCUGCCCUCCUCCCUCACCGGCUAGAGUUAAAGCCACACCGAACACCCCGACCUUCUCCUUAAACAAAAGUCCCAGAUGCUUACCUGGAGGACAGGAGAUCUCAGACACCAAGUCGCCCGCUUUUGUGUUCACCAUGAUGUCGGGUCCAAACACACCUGCGUUCUCGAAGCUGGGCUGCGACUUUGACAUGGGAUCGGCAGCAGAAGAGGCAUCUCCAUUUACCUUCACAAGCUCCUAUUUCAGCGACAAGAAGUCACCAGGAUCAGCACCCAAGUUCUCAGGUUUCCUGUUUGAUGAAGCCGAGAGUCGUCAGGAGGAGUUUCCCUUCUCGUUCGGGAUGGAAAGCCCUCAGAAAAGCUCAUCCACACGGGACACUUCAGGACCUGCUGAUUCCUUCCCCUUUUCAUUCAACUUUGGGAAAUUAUAACUUCAUAA